AUGCCAUCUCGCCGUGAACCUUCCUCCGAGCGCUCGCAAGAGCGCCCGGUCACGGCAACUCGUACCGAGUCCACCCGACGACACCAGCGCACUUCCUCCACUCAGGGUCAUCAACGAGAUAGCGUUGAUAUGACAGGCACCGCUCCUGCAGACCGCGCAACUGAUUCCUCGCAGAAUGCGACCGCCCCAACCGCCCCCACACAGCCGCGGCGUCGGACGACGAUCACUACACCAACGGGCCAAUGGGCCCUGGGGAAGACGAUUGGUGCGGGCAGCAUGGGAAAAGUAAAGCUCGCAAAGAAUAUGGAAACCGGUGAACAGGUUGCUGUCAAGAUCGUCCCCAGACUUUCAACCGAGGAGCAUCGCAACGGUCGAGAAACGGAGAGAGCAGACCGAUCAAAAGAAAUCAGAACCGCUCGAGAGGCUGCUAUUGUGAGUCUUGUCAGCCACCCAUACAUCUGCGGAAUGCGAGAUGUGGUGCGUACAACAUAUCACUGGUAUAUGCUCUUUGAGUAUGUCAACGGAGGUCAAAUGCUAGAUUAUAUUAUCUCGCAUGGAAAGUUGAAGGAGAAACAAGCCCGCAAGUUUGCUCGUCAGAUCGCCAGUGCUUUAGAUUACUGUCAUCGCAACAGCAUCGUCCACCGGGAUCUGAAGAUCGAGAAUAUCCUGAUCAGCAAGACUGGUGAUAUCAAAAUUAUCGACUUUGGUCUCAGCAAUCUCUUCUCUCCCCGAAGUCUCCUGAAGACUUUCUGUGGUAGUCUUUAUUUUGCUGCUCCAGAGCUGCUCCAAGCAAGACAAUACACCGGGCCCGAAGUCGAUGUCUGGAGUUUUGGCAUUGUUCUCUACGUUCUGGUUUGUGGCAAGGUGCCUUUUGAUGACCAGAGCAUGCCUCAGCUCCAUGCAAAAAUUAAGAAGGGUGUUGUGGAAUACCCACCUGGCCUAACAACUGAAUGCCGACACAUCAUCUCUCGUAUGCUUGUGACCGACCCCAAGCAGCGCGCUAGCUUGGCCGAAAUUAUGAGCCACCCAUGGAUGAACAAGGGCUUUAAUGCACCUCCCGAAAAUUAUCUCCCCCAGCGAGAGCCGAUUCAGCUUCCCUUGGAUCAGGAAGUCAUCGAAAAAAUGACAGGCUUCGAUUUCGGUUCGCCGGAUUAUAUCACAUCCCAGUUAACAAAGGUGUUGGAAUCAGAGGAAUACCAACACGCUGUACGACUCAAUUAUCGGGAACACCCAGUGAAUAGCCAAGCGGAGCGAAAGCGCGGCGUCUUCGACUUCUAUAAGCGACGCAACUCCGCUGCUAGCCGUGAUACUCUAUCAGCACCUUCCGCUGAGGCAAUUCAGUUAGGGAAUGAUCCUCUGAACGCUUAUAGCCCGUUUGUGUCUGUUUACCAUCUUGUCAAGGAGAAACUUGACCGAGAAAGAUUGGAGAGUCGCCCUGGUGCUAUUAGCAUUCGUCCGACUCCGGUCGAUGCUGGCAUGCCCGAGUUAGCACCCCCAGAGGCUGCCCACACCAACCAAUACUCAGUUCCAGGCGAAAAGGACACCGGUCGACGGUCUCGCCCUCGAGCCAGGACCCAUGGCGAGGAGGAAGUUGUGGAGGGUAUGAAAAAUCUCCAUACUUCCUCACCGUCUGGACACGCAACCCCGGACACACCUGCCAAGAAAGAGAGCGCCGCUGCUGGUAUUUUGCGACGUUUCAGCACCCGCAAAACCAAAGAGCGCAGUCGGGAUGUCGAACGGGAGCGUAUCAGCACCCCCAAUACCCCGACGCUCAAUGUGCAACCACCUGUCGAUUCCGCGUCCCCAUUGCACCGUGGCUUUAGUGUGCGAAGGACUCGACGCCCUGAGCCAGAGCCCCCUCUACCCUCUGCGGGAAGCCAGCCUCAACACCGAGACUUGCUCACAGCACCGGGCUCGGGCUCGGGCGACCAAACUUCGCAGCCUAACAAGUUUUUGGGACGGUCCACCAGCGUUAACUCCGCCGAUUACCGACCUCGAAGAGCUGCUCGGAGGGGCGAAUCUGAUACUUUGGACGUUGAACGUCAGCCUCCCUCGACAAGUGGCUCGGACCAAGUUAGUCCCAACAACCAGAAGGAUCAAGCCGCCUCUGUGAAGUCCGGCAGCCGCACACAUACUGCACGUACCAUGUCUUUGGGACAUGCCCGCCGUGAAAGCAUUCAAGCCCGACGUGCUCGGCGGGAGGCUGCUCUCGAGGCCAACGUGCCCGAGGAGACAGAUGAGGAUAUCACCGGUGCAGGCACCGCGUUGGAAAGUGCAAAUGAAGGCGAAGACCUCUCUAAGCCUGUUUUCUUGAAGGGUCUCUUCAGUGUGUCGACCACAAGCAGCAAGCCUUUGCCCGUCAUCCGGGCUGAUAUCAUCCGCGUUCUGAAACAGCUGGCUGUGGACUACGUUGAGAUCAAGGGUGGCUUCAGCUGUCGACACGCCCCUAGCAUCGACCUCGAAAAGGUGGUCGACGUCAGCCCUCCUAGUCCAGACCGCCAGGGCCAGGUCUCACACCGCCGCCGCAUCAGCUUCGGUGGGCUUCUUAGCCACGACGAUAGCCGCGAUGAGAGCCGUUCAGGCUCUAACAAAUUACACCGUCGGCCCCAGACACAACCCGAUCGUAGUUUCGUUUCGAACUCCGAUGCGUCGGAUGAAUACGUUGUCCGCGAUACCCAGCAGAGCGGCACGAUGGGCGAGCGGGUAGUUGGAGAGACCACCACCCGCGUCCAAAGCGACACUGGCGAGAACUUGGUGCUCCGCUUUGAGAUUCUCAUUGUGAAGGUGCCUCUGUUCUCCCUACACGGUAUCCAGUUCAAGAAGGUCUCCGGUGGUAUGUGGCAAUACAGAGAGAUGGCGAAGAAGAUUCUUGAUGCUUUGCGACUUUGA